AGGCGAAAUUCGGAACAUGACUUUUCUCGUACUUACCUUGUCCGUUCAUCCAAAUACCUCAGCCAAGGUCGCGGACCCAGAGGAACACGACGGAGCAUCCACGCCAUCGAAACACCGAGCAUAUACACCUGCAACGGGACCACUCUGAUGCCUUUAGAGCAGUCAUACGACUCGAUAAAUCUGCGUCCCAAGCAUCGAAGAUAGCUCUCUGCAUGCCUAGGUCAGACUUGGCUCGCCAAUGUCCGCUAGGCUCCUCGCUAACACCUCGACGCGACGGGCCUUGCCUUUCACCGACUCCAAAGCCUACGAGCCACUGCACGCCCUAGCGAUUUAAACAGUUUGGGCACACGCGCUUGCUUUGCUGUCCAACACGUGUCACAACUGUCGGUGAAGUCCUAGUCCUAGGGGAAAGGAGACCCUCUCAAAGAGGGGGUAGAAAAAGAGGUGAAGCAACUACACCGUGUGCCUGGGUAUAUAAUGUCGGAGGUCACCACCAUUGCCAGGGGCCCUGUUGUGUAUUCCCCCCAAGCGCCAGCCGGGGUGCCGCCGGGGUUGGAAACAUGGCCAAAAUGAUGUCCCCGGCCCGAGCGGCCGUUUGCUUUAUCACCGUCCUCCAGGUCCUGCUAUCUUUCUGGUCCUCGUCCCCCAACAACGCCGCCAUCCAUCAGGGUUCUUCUUGCCUUCACGCCUACCACAGUCCGCGGUUGACGACGACGCAUCCAGCACCAGCGGGACUGGGCUUUAUGAUGGCCGAAGCCCACCCGUUCCCCCACAAAUGUGUCAACGGCACGACCGAGGCGACCCGAUCAUUCAUCGAGUCUCUGUUCACGGCCGUCGCGCUGGACAAUUUCGGCACCUCGUUCGCCGCCGCCCUGUCCGACGACCUCGUGUGGACGGUCACCGGAAGCAGUCCCAUCGCGGGCACCUACAACGGCAAACAGGUCUACAUCGACAAGGUGCUCACGCCGCUGCGGGACGUGUUGGUGACCCUGCCCGUGCCCAUCGUCGAGCACAUCUUCGCCGACGGCGACUGGGCGACGGUCAACUGGCGGAGCCAAGGCGUCGUCGGCAAGAACGGGGCAAACUACGACAUGCAGUAUGCGUGGUUGAUGAGGACGGAACUCGACGACACGGGUGCCCGGAAGAUUGUCGAGGUCAUCGGCUUCUACGACAGCGUCAAAGUCACGGCCGUCUUCCAGGGGUACGUUUUCAACACAACGAAAGUCUGAGGUUUAUGUUGUGGGAAGCGUGUAAGCCAUGAGAUAUGUAUGCAUGGGCAGGGAACAAGAAGUGGGUGGCGGUUGGCGGGAAUCGUCGAGAUUCGACGAAACGAGUUGCCGCGCCCCGGGAACGAAUUUCACGAAUCCCGUGAAGCGUAAGAAGAGUCUGUUCGCAAAGACGUUAAACACGAAAACGGGCCCAUCAGCGUCUCGGGCCCCCGGUCUCAUUUGUCCCAACCAGCCAAGUGUAAUUCAAAAAAAAAAAAGGAACCAGAACCAGCCAUCUAUAUGUACAGCGGCGCCCUCGAGUAUCAGGACGAGAAACAUGACGAAACACCUCAGCUUGAAAUGCCUUCGAUCUUCAAAAACAGAUACAGCCUCAAACGGCAUCCCCUUUUCUUUUGUUCGAGUGGGGGUUAUGAAAUGAAUCCGACAACUAGCCUAGCAUAUAUACAUACUGUUAAUAUUCUGGACAAAUGAAUCAACGACAUGACCAAGA